UCUUACUUGAGUGUAUCGGGGACGCCAUUGUAGCGUCGUAAAUGAAAGAGUAAAAAUCGCAACGGCUUAUAUAUAUAUUUAUGAUUUAAAUUGACGGUAAAUAAUUAAAUUUCUAAUUGUGAAAGUGCUUCGCGACUAGUAUUACCACCGAAUCGAAAAAUGGCUGCCCUAGAACCGAUUUCCUCGGAUGACUCAAAUUCUCCAACAUGUGCAGAAAGGGUGUCUAAAUUGGAGGUGUUGGAAAAUUUCAAAAAUUUGUUCAAUUCGGGACAAAUUACUGAUUUUGAAAUACGUACAUCAAACGGUACAAUUCGUACACACAGAGCGAUUUUAGCAGCUCAAAGUCCAUUCUUCGCAGCCAUGUUCUCAAAUGAAAAUUAUGUAGAAGUGAACCAAAACUUUAUAACUAUAGACAAUUAUAAUCCCAAUGUCACCGAGGCUAUGAUUAGUUAUAUGUACUCCGCAAAACUGUCCGGAAUAUCGGAAUUCGCUCUAGAAUUGAUGAAAGCUGCCAAUCAGUUCCAAAUUGGCGCGUUGAAGUCAGCUUGCGAAAAAAGGUGCAUAAAAGCUAUGAAUUAUAAUAACGUUACCGAAUUUCUCAUUCAGGCCGAUACUCAUAAGGCUGAAAGGUUGAAACAAGCGUCAAUGAAAUUUAUUAAAGAACAUUAUGACGAGGUAGCCCAAACUGAAGAUUGGGAAAAUUUCAAAGGCGACAAUACAAAACAUGGACUAUAUGCAGAGUUAACUGACACGUGGUCACCAACAAAAAAGCGUUUCAGAGCGGGCCCGUCGAAUGAAUAACAACGGCAAAUUUCUAACAAUCGAGCGAACCAAUCAUUGAAAUCAACCAUAAAUGCAGACACCAAGUCAGCAAAUUUUUUAAAAUGAAAACCAAAUUUUUUCUCUAUGAACUGUCGUGUGCAAACAUUCACGCGAGUUGAUUAUCCUGUAAACAGAAAGAUUUGUACUUGUAUAUGUGUUUGAAUGAGCAUGUCACAAAACAUUCAAUCUAUGUCCAACAUUCGAUCAUGUCCAACAUUCGAUCAUUUUUAUUUUGAACUAUAGAUUUUAUGUGGCAAACUACUAAAGUUACUAUUUUAUCUAAUAAUGUAUCUUCGUAAACAACAACAAAAUAUAAACUGAAUGCUGAAAAAAUG